CCGCAUAAAAAAUGGUGAAGAAAUGGUUUAAAAAGCCACUGUACACACUGGAUCCAUUAUAUAUACUAACCUAGAGCUCCAGGCCUCUCUACCAACAAUUCACCAAAUGGGUGUCUCAUCCUUCCAUUCUCUCUUCCUUUCCUUCCUGCUCUUCUUCUGCUCCGCAAUUCUUGUCAAGUCCACUGGAUUAGAUCAUGCGGUCUUAAUGCAACAAGAGGCCGACCGUGUGGUCCGGCUUCCCGGCCAGCCACUGGUGAGUUUUCAGCAGUUCGCUGGCUAUGUGACUGUCAACGAGAGCCAUGGGAGGGCGCUCUUCUAUUGGUUCUUCGAGGCCACUCACGACGUUGAGAAGAAGCCUCUUCUCCUAUGGCUCAAUGGAGGGCCUGGUUGUUCUUCUAUUGGCUAUGGAGAGGCAGAGGAGCUUGGACCUUUCUUAAUGCAAAAAGGUGUGCCAGAGCUCAAAUUCAAUAAGUAUUCUUGGAACAAAGAGGCCAAUUUGCUAUUUCUUGAGUCCCCUGUUGGUGUGGGAUUCUCUUACACAAAUACAAGCUCUGACUUGCGGCAACUUGGGGAUGAGAUCACUGCCAUCGACGCAUAUACAUUCCUUGUUAAUUGGUUUAAGAGAUUCCCACAGUACAAGUCCCAUGACUUCUACAUUGCUGGAGAAAGUUAUGGAGGGCAUUAUGUUCCACAACUUGCGGAGAAAAUCUUUGAUGAAAACAAAAAUCUCGCAAAGGAGGACCAAAUAAAUUUCAAAGGAUUCAUGAUUGGAAAUGCAUUGUUAGAUGAUGACACUGAUCAGACGGGGAUGAUUGACUAUGCGUGGGAUCAUGCGGUCAUCUCCGAUCAAGUGUACCAUGAUGUCAAGAAGAGCUGUAAUUUCAGCGAGGUGCCUGUUACUAGGGCGCCUGCUAGCAAGGCUUGCAAUAAUGCAUUGAAUGAAUACUUCGCCGUUUAUCAUAUCAUCGACAUGUACAGCUUGUAUGCCCCUGAUUGUGUUCAUCAGAACACUUCAACUUUUAUGAGAAAAUCCUUUUGGAUUGAAGGCGCUGCUCCUAAGCUCUUCUCCAAAUAUCGAGGGUGGCAUCAGAAGCCAGCAGGCUAUGAUCCCUGUGUGUCAGACUACACUGAAGUAUACUUUAAUCGUCCAGAUGUCCAAGAAGCUCUGCAUGCCAACGUUACAAAGAUGGCAUACAACUGGACUCAUUGCAGCGAUGUAAUUACUGUAUGGAAUGAUUCGCCAUCGACCAUGCUCCCAGUCAUUCGUAAACUAAUUAAUGGUGGCCUCAGAGUGUGGGUUUACAGUGGAGACACUGAUGGAAGACUUCCAGUAACGGGAACAAGAUACACAUUGAACAAGCUUGGUCUUAAAACUAUUCAGAAAUGGAAGCCAUGGUACAAUCAUCAACAGGUUGGUGGGUGGACAAUUAUCUUCGAGGGACUUACCUUUGUUACCAUCCGCGGCGCUGGUCACCAAGUUCCAACAUUUGCUCCGAGCCGAGCACGGCAGCUUAUCAGCCACUUCUUGGCUAACCAGCAAUUGCCUUCUUCAGCAUUCUAGCAACCCAUCCCACCAGCAUUUCUAUCCAAGCCAUCCAUUUCAAGCUUUUGAGAAAAUAAACAAAAAAGGAUUUUUGGAAACAGGUGCAAGCCAAGUUUCCAGUCAGAUUGAUUUAGUUAGAGUUGAUUCAUGCACAAUGAUUCAGUCAUGCAAUUCUGUUGUAAGGAAUUUGAAAUUAAGAUUAAUCUAGUGAAGAACUCAAGGCUGAUCCUUGAGACCAGUCAUGUAGUCGUUUAUUUUUAUCAUGGAACUUUUGUUUUCCUACUCCAUGAUUUGGUUUCUCCCCCCUCUUAAUAGUAGUAUAAUAAUUUUUGUCUUUAAUCAAAACCUGUCUGUAUCAGAAGGAUAGUUCAUAUUAUAAAUAUUUAGAAUG